AUGAUAGAUACCGUAUUGUCGACCAACCAGAUCGCGGCGAUGGACGCCAGCUAUCUCUCGCAGCAGGUCAAUGCGAUCAUAGGCCAGCUCCACGGACUCUUUGAUGAGAUCGGAGUGUCGAACCACGAGCGAGAGACACGCGAAGAGGAGCUGUUUAAUGCGCUCUCAGAGGCGCUGCACAACCAGGUGCGGCUGGUGACGACGGAGAAGAAGACCAUGGUGGAGGAGGCGCAGCGGAUGAUCAACGGCAUCCGGCAGAUGGAGGUGUCGCUGGGGGACUCGCGGUCACGCCGCGACUAUGAGGACGAGGAGGACCUCAAGGUGUCGUACCCGCUCUCGCGCUGUCUGCAGGCGCUGAAGGAGAAGCACCAGCAGAUGGGCAAGAUGCACCGGGAGCGUUUCGAGCAGGUGAAGAAGAGCACGUUUGUGCGGAUCCCACUACCACCGACGGGACUGAACCAGUCAAUAUCGCUCAGCUUCGACCUGUCGCCCGCAUACGUGGACCAGCUGGACGCGGAAUUCACGCGGGUCUACGAGGAGUACACGCGGCGGGUGGCGACGGUGAAGGGGCUGGCGGAGAACAUCGUGCAGCUGUGGGCGGAGCUAGGGACGCCGCAGGCGCAGACGGACGGGGCGAUCGUGAAGCACUACCGCGACUCGCCAGAGCAGCUGGGGCUGCACGAGGAGGACCUGGCACGGCUGCGGGCGCGGCGCGAUCGGCUGGCAGACGAGAAGAGGGCGCGGGAGAGGCGGCUGCGGGAGCUACGGGCUGCGGUGGAGGAGCUCUGGAGCAAGCUGGGGGUGGAAGAAGAGGAGCAGAAGGGGUUCGUGCGGGCGAACCGGGGAUGUGGGAUGCGACAGGUCAACGAGUACGAGGAUGAGCUGGCACGGCUGAACGAGCAGAAGCGACAGCACUUGCCGGCGUUUGUGGAGGACGCGCGCGUCCGGCUGCAGGAGCUGUGGGACGUGCUGUACCUGUCGGAGGACGAGAUGCUGGCGUUCACGCCGGCGUUCUCGGCCGCGUACAGCGACGCGUUGCUGGAGGCACACGAGCGGGAGAUUGGGCGGCUGGAGGCGCUGCGUGAAGAGCGGGCACCGACGCUGGCGAUGGUGGACCGACAUCAGGCGCUGAUGCGGGAGCGGGACGAGCUGGCGGCGUCGAGCCAGGACGCGUCGCGGCUGAUGAUGCGUGGGCAAAAGGGCGAGAAGCGUGAUCCGGGCAAGCUGCUGCGCGAGGAGAAGAUGCGCAAGCGGAUUGCCAAGGAGCUGCCCAAGGUGACGGCCGAGCUGUGUCGGGCACUGGAGACGUGGGAGGACGAGUACGGACGACCGUUCCUGGUGCACGGCGAACGCAGCAGCAACUUCCACAUCAACAAUACCAUUCUCGCGAACGGGUUCCAUAAGACGAGCACCUCCAGGUGCCAGCAGCAGCACAAACAGCCGGACAGGACCACAGCGGCCGCAAUCACGAGCCGGAACCAAGACGCCGGUGGCAGCACCAUCGACAGGAACAGGCGGAACACUCAAGCGGGCACCAGUGUCGAUUGCGGCAGCAGCAGCAGCGACGAACAAGAUGACCAGCCCGACACGGAUCCCGGGAGCAGCAGCGACACGAGCGCCUUUGGGGACGCUGAAGCACGGGAUGAACUCGCCGGAGCGGCCGCGAGCAGGGACAUUGGGAAGCAGUAUGAUGGGAAGCGUCGGUGGUGGGAUGUUGCGGCCGGCACCGGUGCUGAUGAGGGCACCUCCGCCGAAGAUGCGGGAUCUGACGGCAGUUAA